AAAAAAUUGAAUUUUAAUGAAUGAUAAAGUACCUAAUGCUCAUCUAAGACUUGGACGGAUAUUAAGUUUACUCCUCGUUUCUUAAACAACUAUCGAUUUUCGAAGCACUACUUGAAGAAAACUAGCUCAACGUGAGUAAUUGUGUUACUCGGCUGAAUUUUCCUCAAUUGCAUCCUAACGUGAAAGUGAAAAAGCUUCGUCGCAAGAGGAAAUAAUAUUCCCGUCGAAAUUUUUAAAAUAAAUAUAAACUUUACUACCAAUGCAUUAAUAAUAAUGAUAAUUUGUUAGCAAAAAAACUUGAUGGGUAAUUCGGUCCGUCUAGAAAAUUUUUUAAUUUAAAUUAUUUUAUCAGCCCAAUGCUACACAGAAAAAAAAUAUCGACUGAAAGUAAAUAUUUUUGAUUUAAAAAAAUUUUUUUUAAAAACUCAAUUUUUUCGGACAAAGUAGAAAUUUUUUCUGACCUAGAAAAAUUUUCUUGACUCCGCGAAUUUUUACUAACAAUAAAUUUUGAAAAUUUAAAUAUUUAAAUUUUGCUGAAAGUUUAAUUGAUUUUUGGCGGGAAAAUUUUUAUUUUAAAUUUAAAUUGCAAAAAAAAUAUGACGACUUGUUACUCAAUUUUUUGAACGAUAUGUUAUAUGAAUAUAUAUCGAAAUUUUUCAUAUUAAAAAAUAAUAACUCAGAAAUUGAAAAUAGACGAGAAUAAAAAAAAAAUUAAGUUAUGCUGGCUGUCGCUAUUCGCGGUGUUGUUUUACUGAUCGUGAUUGGCUGGUACAGUAACAGCGUUUGGAAAAUGAUUGACGGAUAUUUCAAAGAUAAAUUUGAAAAAUAUUUGCGUGAUGAGUACAAAAAAUAUCCGCAAAUGAAAAAAGAUGUCCAAGAAAAAUUAAUGGAAAAACAAAUAAGCGAAAUUGUCGACUCUACGAUAAUCGAUAGUAAAAAUAAACCUAAAGAAAAGCCAUUAGAGUUAAAUUUAAAUAAUAAUGAAAUUAAUAAAAUUAAAUCAGUUAAUUUGGGUCAUGGAGAAAAUUUAAAAUCAAAAGAUGAGUUACGAAUGAAACCAAUUAAAGAAAUUAAUAAGAAAAAGAAAUCGAAAUUCAAAAAUUUACGUUCGGAUAAUAAGGCCAGAACUGAGAAUGACGAAAAUGAUUUUUCGGAGUUUGAAAGUGAUGGUGAUAAAAGAGGAAUUAAAUUGAAAGGUAUACGAGUGGCGAGUUUACCAUUUAAACCUAAAGCUGAUAUUGGUAGUCUUGAUAUUAUUUCAGAAGAUGAAUUUUGUCCAAUUAAUUUAGAUAAUUAUGAUGAGGAAACGUGUGGAGAAAUUAAAGUAUGGCCUUAAUUAUUUAAUUUAUUUGUAAUUUAAAAUUUAAAUAUCAAUUUUGAGUUUUUGUUUGAAUCCUAUAUAUAUUAGACUGAUUCAAAAAAAUCAACUAUUUUUUUGUUCUCGAAACCUCCUAUUAAGAUGCCUGUUAAAAAAUGAGCUUUUAAUAUUAAAAUCUAGAGGCCGCUCAUUGCAAUUUUUUAUUUCCGAUUUAAAUAACAUGGAAAAAAAAAUCUUUAAGUUUGGAAUUUUGUACCUUCGCAAUGGCUCAUUGUACAGAUAAGCUCAGGAUAUGAUUUCGUAGGGAAUUAAACGUUCUACAAAAAAGUCUCUUAUCAUUUUUUGAUAAGUUCGUCUGUUCAAAAGUUAUUGGAGCUUGGAGUCAAAUUUAAAGUAAAUUUCGAGAUCUUUUUACUUUUCCGGGGAAACUAUCAGACUUAUCAAAAAAUUUCAUAGGAUCUUUUUUGUAGAAAAUUUUAUUCCUUACAAAUUACCUCUGAUAAAGUUUUUCAAAAUUCCGCAUUGUUUUCAAAUUAUUUUCAUUUUAAUGACAAGCUCUUAGAAAAAAUAGUGUUCUGAUCAACUUCAAGUUAAUUUUAAUAAAGAAAAAAGUCUGUGUUAAAUAUUUAACACUUUUAGGUGUUAAUUUAACAUACUGCUUUUGUGUUGUUUGAUCAAUUCAUUUUUAACACAAAAAAAUUUUAAUUGAAACAAAAGUAACAUCUGUGCUACUUUUUAAACAAGUGUUAACACUUUUAAAAUUCAACUUUAACAUAGAGCGAGUGUUAACUCAUUAAAUUAACACGAAGAAUGUGUUGAAUUUACCGUAGUCAUACAUAAAUUUUUAUAAGUAUCAGAAUAACACAAAUAAAAGUGUUAAAUUAACACUUUACGUUUGUUGCAGAUAACACUUUAAUGUGUCAAAGUUUUAGAACCGGUAACAGAGAAUAUUAACAUUCUUUUGAGUUAUUUUUGUUACACAAAUUAAUAAUGUUAAAACAAUAUUAUAAUUUGUGUGAAAUGCUGUAUUAACACACAGUUUUGUGUUAAAUUUCACACAAUUUUUUUACUGAGCAAUUAAUAUAAAAAAUAUAUAUUAAAUAUAUAUAUGAUAUAAUUAAAUAUUUAAAUAUUUUAGUAAUUUCAUAAUAAAAAAAAUUUGUAACUGCGUUAAAAUUUCAAAAAUUUAAAUAAUCUAUAUUAUUAAGAGAAUAAGGAAAAUUUUGUUCCCGCCAUAUCUAUAUGAUAGAAUUAGUUAAUUUUAUUGAAACUGGUAUCAUCAGAUAGGUCUUGACUUGAAUUUGUGCCUUUUCAUACUUUAAACUCUUUUUAAUUGCCAAGUAUUGAGAUAAAAAGAUUUAUCUAUAUCAUUCGAAUUACAUUUAAAUUACGCGGGAAAAAAGACGAUCGUAUUUAUUUUCUUUAAAUAAAUUAAUACUUUAAUUAUUCUGUCACUAAAUAUGACUGAAUGUCACUGAAUAUAUAGCUAUAUUAUGUAUAUCGCGUUACUUAUUCUAAAAUGACAGAUUUUUAUGCUCCCUUUUGGUUUUAGGAAGCUUCUCAAAGCCAAAAAAGUGUGCAUAGAAAAAAAAAGGAUUCACUGACACAAAAAAUCUUUACUCGCCUAAAGAAAAUUUUUACUUACCCCAAUAAAUUUUUUGCAUUGUGAAUUGAAAACAAAAAUUUAUUUAGAACUAGAAAAAAUUACUUGGCGCAAGGAAUUAUUUCUUGACCAAAAAAAUCUUUUCUCGCCCCAAGACAAUUUUUGAAUUUAAUUGAUAAUGCAUAAAAUUUCUUGGUGCAAAUUAUAAUUUUUCGCGGCAAGAAAUCCUUUUUUUCUGCGUAUUUUAUAAAUUUAGUAGUGAUAUUUGGGCGACUGCCUCACGUAAUGACUACAGGUUGCUCGUUAUUAAUUACAAAAAUUAUAAUAAAUAAAAUUAAUUAUUUAAAACGCACUAUAAAAUUUAACUUCGUGUUGUAUAAUUUACGAAAGUUAUAUUAAAAGUUUAUACCCGGAUUCGAAAAACACAACAAACUUUAAAUAAAUAUAAUAUUAAAAUUAUGCAAACUAGAGUAGAAACUUCCAGUUAAAUAAUUUUAUAGUACAACAAAUUUUUUUUUUUACUAAAUUAUUUAAAUGCGAAAGUACUAUUGCAUAGUUUACAAACAAUGUUCAUUCAAAUUCUUCGAAACAAUUUCCGCGCGCUUAUAAAAAAAUAAAAAUUUUUAUGAACAAAAAAAUUCAAAUUUUAUAAAAUAUUCAAAUUUUUUAAAAAUUCAAACAACCAGAGAAUUUAUAACUUCAAUAAAUAAAUAUUUUCCCACAUGUGCAAUUGUUUGUUUAAAUAAAAUAAUUACUCACUCACACUCCGAAAACCCGUCACUUAAUUUCAAAAUCAUCAAAUAAAAAUUUAAUUUAAAUAUUUAAUUGCAAUUUAAAAAUUCAAAACCCAGAAUUUUAUAAACAAAAUUUAUAUAAAAACUUUAGUCUGUAGUUUUGUAGGUUAAUUUAAAAAAUAUAUGAUUUAGUAUAAAAUAUUUGAAUUUUUAAAUAUUCAAAUUAAUUUACCAGUGAAGGAUAAUUAUUUAAAAUAAAAAAAAAUAUUUAAUUGUAUUUACUAACCUACUAAUUUUGUAAAAUAAAAUAUUAUAAUAAAAAAUGAACUAACCUAGGAU